AUGCUCUUGUUGGACUGGGGCAAGUGGCUCCUAGGCGCAAUUGCGUCUUGGGAGUCGCUUGACCUUGCGACUCUGCCACUUGGAGGGCACCCUCUCGGCCGUCACCUUCCGCCGCACGGCGCUAUCGAGCGCGUCAAGAUCACCAGCUUCGUGCUGCAAGCGCCUCUCGUGGUGCCAACCGUCACCGUGACCCAGACGAAGACCGUUGGUAUCAUUGCCACACCCGUCGUCCACACCCCUGCCACCUACCCGGCCAUUCCUCGUGCUGCUUUUGACGCGUAUCGUUAUCGCUCGUCGACGAACGGUUUCGAAGCGUCCCCAUCGUCAGCUCUUGUCCAGCAACUCUCUUGGGCUCAAUGGCUACUUGAAGAGAAAAUCACGCCGCUCCACCUCAUACUCGCUUUUCUUUGCACACCCAUCCCGUUCUUCUUCGGUCUCUUUGUGAAUCGAGUCAUGAUUCGAUUUGCUCACCAAAUGAUUGCUUAUCAUGAUGAUCAAAAGGAGACGCGACGCAUCGACCGUUUAACCCUCUCAGCUGGCUUCUUCAUAGGCAAAUGUCUCUUCCCAGAAACGUUUGGAUAUGGCCCGCCUGAAGAGCCCCUGUCUCUUCGUCGCAUGUGGGAGGCAGUUUGGGCAGAGCUUUUACGUCCUCUUCUCCUAGGUUCCGGUACAGGUUUCCUUCGAAUGUCCGUCGCGAUGAAAGACAGACUUGGUCCCGGGCUCGUAAGCUCUGGAAAGUUAGUCCUUCGAGGCCUUGGCUGGUGCACUGACCGACUGCCUGGUCGUCUCGAGGCGGUGUUCAGAGCCAACGGUUGCAUACGGAUAAUGGUCAUCAGGGGCAUCAUCGGUCUAGCUUUACGGUUCUUCGACUGGCUCAUUCUAAGCGUCUGGUCCGCCACGCGAGAGGUCCGCUUUGAGCGAAGCUACAAAGCUUAUUUGGAUAGUCACGGCUAUGACUUCAACAUCGAAAGGCAACGCGCUUACUACGUAGCCAGAACAGAACCUAUCGACGAUUCUGCGCAGCGGAUAUUGGAUUAUGACGAUAUUGUAAAGCGAUAUGACGACAUGCAGUCGAACCUCGAAAAGGUCACCCAGGACGCCAUUGUCAAUCUCGCAAAUAAGGCUCUCAGCUACCGAACUUCCAUCAUCGAACUUAUCAAGAUAGUCAACUGGAAUCGCUGCACCAUUGCUCAAACGAUAAACUACCGCCACAACGAGAAAUGCGGUAGACAUCCAACAGGUCCUCUUGCUCAAUUCCCAUAUACAACAAGCCAACUCAAGUUUCUACCCUUGGCACAGAAUGGCUUGCACUUUGACAUUAUGGAAUAUACGACUGCAGAAAACGAGAUCCGCGGCGCCGACAUCCGAUACCCAAGCAACACUUAUCUUGAGAACCACACCAAAGACGGAGCCGUCUACAUGGCAUACGUUAUGGAAAAUAAUCUUGUUGGAUUCUACGACCUGUUCAAAGAGAAUUCGUACGCGAUCCAGAGGAACUAUCCUGGCAUCCAACUGCCGCCUUAUGAGCCGCACGAAGAUCCUAUCAAUAUUGCCAACCUAUGCCCGAAGCCGAUUCUCAAGUCGGAACUGAGGUGGAAAGAGCAGAUUGAAGACUUCGCAGCCGAUGGAAAGCUGCUGCAGUAUGGUCAGGACCAGCCGAAGAAGAAGAAAACGGUCACUUUCGGCACCGAUGAAGUACGCCUCAUCACCCCAAGGCCUCAACGCCAGGCUCCAGAUCCUUGCCCAAGGGGCUAG